CUUCUCUAUUCUACAGAGUGAAGUGAGUAGGCCAAGGGGCAGGGAGAAUUAUGCAUCCACUCCUCCCGAAAAUAUCUUUGGUGUCCUUGGGAAGGAAAAGUGCCUAGAAGGUGGAGAGGAGCUGCAUUUAAUAGCGGUAACUUGCUGAUCAACAUUUGAAUUCUAAGAGGGCUCUUGGCCCUUGUCCUCAUGAAUUUUCAUUUCCAUUUAAAAUUCCUUACACAGGAACAGUGUUUCACACUUUACAAAGUAUUUUCAUGCACACUUUAUCAUUUGGUGCUCAAAAUGGCUUUCCUGAAAUAUGCACCAAGGUUUUAAUUUACAAAGGAGAAAUUAGACAUAAAGAUUCAGGAAGGAUAAGUGACUUGCCUCCUAGUCUGGAGUUCUUAAUUCUUGUUAUAGAAGGUUUAGGAGCAUUGAGAGGCAGUAACUUAAUUCAGGUUAAUUCUCUCUUUUAAGACUUGUUAUUUGAUUUCUUAUUUGGUAAGGUCGAAACUCUCUACAUUAGAUCCCACAAUUUGGCGGGGAGGGGAAAGAGUGAGGGCAAGUCUGGCUUCAAUGCAUUUGAGGUGAUUUGGGAAUUCACUUCAGCUUCUUAGGCCUUCUUUGUCUUCCCAAGAGGUGGAUUUAAAGUCAUUAAAAGUGUGGAAAGAAGGAAGAUUGGUUAGGGGGUCAAUAACAAGCAGAGGUGGUAAAGCAGCAACAUUGUGACUUUCCUGCCUGGCGGCCUCACCUGUUAAUAAGGACUGGACUCUGGUUUAGAGUGGCAGUGUUUUAUUGAUAAUGCAUGUAUCAUAUCUUUUGACUUUGAAGGAUAUCUCAUGUGGAAGGAAUUGAGUUAUGAUACCGUAGAGGAUUCAACCGGAAUACCUUGGGGUGCUGUCUGAGGGCAGUGAAAUGUCUGCUGAGACAUGAAGACUUUGGCUACUGGUUUUAUCCUUGGGAGCCUGGUGUUGGCCGUCUGCCUGCCUCUUGUGACUUUUGCACAGCCCAUCCCUAAGAAGCUGCAAGACGCUGUGGGGGAAGUUGUUGUCAAUACCACGGCCUGUACUGUCACUUGUGGCCUUGGCUAUAAGGAAGAGACCAUCUGUGAGGUGGGCCCUGAUGGAGUGAGAAGGAAGUGUAGAACUCAGCGUUCGGAAUGUCUGAGCACCUGGAUCUGUGGGAUGCUCCAUUUCACCGUUUCCUCAGGAAAGGAGUAUGAGCUGAUCUGUCUGAGUGCAGACAUCCUGGAGAUUGGGCUGGAUAAGUUCCGGUUCAGCUGGAGAAUUGCUCGGGGUAUCAUCUCAAUUGAAGAUGAAGUCUUCAAGCCCUUCAUGUCCCGUUCCUACUUUGUGAAGUUUAAAUCUAUUCAGGAGUAUGACUCUGGGACCUACCGGUGUGAUGUGCAGCUGUUAAAAAACUUGAGAUUCGUCAAGAGGGUCUAUUUUGGGCUGAAGGUCCUAUCUUCUAAGUUGGUGCACCUGGAUUUUCAUCAGUCCCUUACUGAGGAACAGAAGUUAGCAGAUGAGGGCCUUCAAGUGAAUCUGGGCAACUAUUCCAGGCCUCCCCAUUUGCCAUGGAGAAGGGAUGUGGCGACAGCCUUGGGAAUAGGAAUUGCUAGUGGAGUGAUUGGCGGGGUGUUGGUGAUCUUUGUCGUGAGCAGUGGGCUGAGGGUGGUCUAUAGAAAUGCCAGCGAUGAGACCUAA